AGCGCCGCGCUGGGAUGUUGUGAGCCCGGAGCAGGCGGCGGCGGCGGCGCAGGCGGAUCCGGGCCCGGCCGCGCUCCGACCGCAGCGGGGGGAGCGGGCGCCGCCAGCAUGGACUGGGGCACCGAGCUGUGGGACCAGUUUGAUGACGUAGAGCGUCACACCCAGUGGGGGCUGGAUCUGAUGGAGAAGUACGUGAAGUUUGUGAAGGAGCGGACGGAGAUUGAGCAGGCCUACGCCAAGCAGCUCAGGAAUCUGGUGAAAAAGUAUCUUCCGAAACGGAACACAAGAGAAGAUCCAGAAUCCAAGUUCUGCCAGUACCAGGCCUUCCUGCAGGUGGUGAAGGAGCUCAAUGACUUUGCCGGGCAGAGGGAGGUGGUGGCGGAGAACCUGAUGACGCAGAUCUGUGUGGAGCUCUCUAAGCAUGCCCAGGAGCUCAAGCAGGAGAGGAAAUCGCACUUCCAGGAGGGCCGGCGAGCCCAGCAGCAGCUAGAAAACUCCUUCAAGCAACUCGAAAACAGCAAACGCAAGUUCGAGCGGGACUGCAGGGAGGCGGAGAAAGCCAUGCUGGUGGCCGAGAAGCUCGACCAAGACCUCAAUGCCACCAAGGCAGACGUGGAGAAGGCGAAGCAGCAGGCCAAUCUGCGCAGUCACAUGGCAGAGGAGAGCAAGAACGAAUACGCCUCCUUCCUGCAGAAAUUCAACCGGGACCAGAGCCAGUUCUACUUCCUGGAGAUGCCGCAGAUCUUCAAUAAGUUGCAGGAGAUGGACGAAAGGCGGACGGUGCGGCUGAAGGAAGGCUACGGCAUCUUCUCCGAGACUGAGCGGCAGGUCAUGCCUAUCAUCGGCAAGUGCCUAGAUGGCAUGAAGGCAGCAGCCGACUCAGUGAACGAGAAGAACGACUCCCAGGUGCUGAUCGAGUUACACAAGUCUGGCUUCGAGAGGCCGGGAGACGUGGACUUCGAAGACUUCAGCCAGCCUAUCAACCGCACCUCUUCGGACAGCAGCCUGGGGACGCCCCGGGGCACCCUGGAUGGCCGGCUGGACCCCCGCCUGCUGGGCAAGAACAAAGGCAAGCGCUGGCUCUUCAGCAAGAAGAAUAAGCUCCCGCCCCCUCCCCUCUCCCCAGUGAUCUCUGCCCCGCCUCCUUCCUCCUCGUCUGCCACCAACGGACCUCCAUCCCCCAAAUUCACCCGGGACCCUCUCUCUUACUGUCUGAAUGAGAUCAAUAAGACAGUCAAACCCCGCAUCGCCUCCUUCCGCAGCCUCAAACGGGGGCCUGUGAUCACGGAAGAUUUCAGCCACUUGCCGCCAGAGCAGAGAAGGAAAAAGCUGCAGCAGAAGAUCGAGGAGAGGAACCGGGAGCUGCAGAAGGAAAUCGACCAGAGAGAUGCCUUAAACAAGAUGAAGGACGUGUACCAGAAGACGCCCCAGAUGGGCGACCCUGCUAGCCUGGAGCCAAAGAUCUCGGAGACCCUCAGCAACAUCGAGAAGUUGCGCCUAGAAAUCCAGAAAUACGAGUCGUGGCUGGCCGAAGCCGAGAGCCGAAUGCUGAGUAACCGGCCGGACAACACCCUGAGAUACAGCCGCCACCUGGACCCCACCACCACCCUGAACAACAACGGCUCCCAUGAGAAGGGCAGCCCUGACGCCACCCACUCCGACGACAGCCAGGAUGCCCUGAACCAGCCGAUCUACACGGAGUUUGAUGAGGACUUCGAGGAGGACCUGGCCUCGCCCAUCGGCACCUGUGUGGCCAUGUACCAGUUUGAAGGUUCCAGCGAGGGCACCAUCUCCAUGACGGAGGGGGAGGAGCUGAGCCUGAUGGAGGAGGACAAAGGCGAUGGCUGGACCCGGGUGCGGCGGAGCAAAGGCGGCGAGGGCUAUGUGCCAACAUCCUACCUGCGGGUCACCCUGAACUGAGCUCGGGCCUCCCCGCCCGCCUGGAGAGCGGCAGCUGGCUCAUGGAGCUGCAGGGGGGUGGCGGGGAUUGGAGCAACGCUGCUGGAACCUGGGAGUCGGGACUCAGGGGUACAGGCGUGGAAGUGGCCUGGAGCCCUCGUGGGCAAGCAACGGCACCCGCUUGCAAAGGAGAUCGCCUGUAAGGGGAAGGAGACCCCCCCCCCCUUCUGCCUAAGCCCCAGCUCUGUGGAAUUUCACAUUUCAGCUUGUGGGGGAGGUUGCAGUGGUUGCUAGUAGGAGGGCUGGACUGGGUUUCUGGCUGCUGCCCCUGCAUACUCCAUACUGCGCCCCCUCCGUCAGAUCCCCUCUGAGUGAGUAACUCAACCGCCUCCUAAAAGCUAGCUUAGGGCAAAGGGGUGCAGGCUCCAUCAAGGUGUGCUGGGCAGGGCCUGUGGGGGGGCUUAUGGAAUAGAACGUGUCCUCUGCAUCGAUUCUUCCAUGCUUGUCACCCUGGCAGCUGGGUGUCGUCCAGGUGCAUGUUAAGCAGCAUGAUAAACCUCAGUCCUGGGUUGGUUGUUUCCCUCCUGGGAUUCCAACCCGGGACCUGUGGCUCCCCACUUAGGCUGGCGCCAGCCUGGAUCUUAAUGGAACAGAGGUGCCAGCCAGCCAGGAGCCCCAGGGCCUGAACCUCCGUGCGUUCUCUGCCAGGGCCCGCGGCUCUGAAUUCACCUGUCCCUGGGUAGGAGUGAACGCCCCUUACAGCUGAUGCCACCAGCUCAAUCAUUGGCGGAGCUCCAGCCCACUUCCCCCUCCGCCACUGUGGCCACGACAUGCACUUUAUUCCCCAGACUCCAGAACUCGCCCAGCCAAGGAAAAAAAGAGCAAAAAGUGCCUGCUGCAUCAAUGAAUCUGUCCCCUGGGGGGCGGGGGAGGCUGAUCGUGCUGGUGGGAGCCCAGGGGGCUGAGCUGCAGCCAACCCCUUCCGUGUAAUAAUAAUUAUUUUUUAGAGGACUCUAAUAUAUCAGCCUUUUAUACAGUGACCAAUUACUGCUCAUUUUAGCCUGUGCCUCAGUUAACCUGUAACAUAAGUGUAAAUGUCCCAGUUGUCUUGGCUUCUGCUCACCCUAGCGGGGGAGGGAGGGGGCAGAUCCUGUCUCCCCUCUGGUUCUGAGAAGUGGGUCUGGGGGUCACUGUGCCGGAGCCCAUAGAAUGUAUUUCCACUGCAGCCUGGUGCCUUUUACACUUUAUGUAAAUAGUUGAUCUCUCCCCCCCCUUCCUGUGCAGUUUUUAAGUUUAUAAAAACGAUACAGACUC